GAAGAGAUGAGAUGGAGGGAUGGAGAGAUGCGGGAGAGAGCAGAACAGCAGGUGGAGACUGAGCACACCAGCCUAGCACAGAGACUAAGACCGACCCCACAGAACAUAGCCUAGCUAUUUGCGGUUCAAAAAAAUAUGUUAUAUAGCUUUUAUUAUAAUAGAAGCUGCAGAUAAAUGUAAACACGAAGAGUUGAAAGACAUGCAUCGAGUCGUGUCAUCAAGAACGGCCCUGUGUAACAGAGGGAGAAAGACGGCGUCUGUGUCGCGUCGCUCAGAGGUCGCGGUGACGUCUGUGAUCUUCCAUCGCGGGGUCUGUCAGCGCACAGAGUAAUUCCUCCGUCACCUGGUAGUAUGCAGGGUGUGGAGAGGACUAAACGCACUCAUUUGGAACUAGAUAGCGUCGGUUUAGGAAACAAUCGUUAAAGUGGCAGCCAGCUAUGGUUGACCCGUCUGAGCCAGAGGACCAGACCAAAGGGAAACAGAUGGAUGCCCUGCCGGUGGCCUCUGCACCCACCAGACUACCAGACCAGGCCUCUGCACCCACCAGACUACCAGACCAGGCCUCUGCACCCACCAGACUACCAGACCAGGCCUCUGCACCCACCAGACUACCAGACCAGGCCUCUGCACCCACCAGACUACCAGACCAGGCCUCUGCACCCACCAGACUACCAGACCAGGCCUCUGCACCCACCAGACUACCAGACCAGGCCUCUGCACCCACCAGACUACCAGACCAGGCCUCUGCACCCACCAGACUACCAGACCAGGCCUCUGCACCCACCAGACUACCAGACCAGGCCUCUGCACCCACCAGACUACCAGACCAGGCCUCUGCACCCACCAGACUACCAGACCAGGCCUCUGCACCCACCAGACUACCAGACCAGGCUGAUGGGAAAGCAACAGAGGAGGGCGAGGGUGUGGGUGGCAAUGAUGCAGAGACCACACCCAUACACUCUGCUGGGCUGGGGGAGAGGAUGGUAGCUCCUCCCCCUGUUGCACAGGAGGCCAGUCCUCCCAGUCCAAACACCCAGCCCCAGCUUCAGGGCCCUCAGGACAGGCAGCUUCAUUCUCCAAGCCCUUCAGACUUCCAGCCUCCCAGUCCACACACCCAGCUCCAGCUUCAGGGCCCUCCAGACAGGCAGCUUCAAUCUCCAAGCCCUUCAGACUUCCAGCCUCCCAGUCCACACACCCAGCUCCAGCUUCAGGGCCCUCCAGACUUCCAGCCUCCCAGUCCACACACCCAUCCCCAGCGUCAGGGCCCUCCGGACAGGCAGCUUCAGCUUCCUCACCUUGCCCCUCCAGACUUCCAGCCUUCCACUCCACAUACCCAGCUACGAAGCCCUCAGGUCAGUCUGGAGGCAGCAACCUCCCUGUCGAACAGCAGCCAAGCUCUGAACCCUCUACCUCAAGACCUCCAGCCUCCAAGCAGCGAUCCAGAGCCCAGAGAACCAUGCCCCAAGCUGCACCUGGACCUAUAUAACUUCGACACCCCGGUGGCAGAGGGAAGCCGUUAUGUCCUGACCAGCCCCCGCUCCUUGGAGGCCUGCGCCCGCUGCGGGGUCAAACCCGUGGAGAUCUUGUCGCGCCCGUUGUCAGACUUCGCCCGUGAGGCCCCGGGACGGUCCAUGCGCGUGGCGACGGGCAUGUUUGAGGUGUAUGAGAAGGACAGGCACGCCAAGCUGAGAGCAUGCCGGGAGGAGAGAGAGAGGAUUAUACGGGAAGAUAAGAGGAGAAUCCUUCAGGCUGCAGUCAACGGACAUGCUGCCUCAUCAACAGAGGAACAGCACAGAGCACCAGUCACAUCCAGAUUAACGCCGCUAUCUAAACCAGGCCCUGUGGCCUCUAGUCCUACUAAAUCUAAACCUUCCCCCAGUAGUACAGGACAGGCCUCUAGAGCUGCUUCUACAACACCAGGUCCAAGCAUUAAUAAAACUAGUACAAAUCUUCUAGCUAAAAGUAGCUCUCUGCAGUCUUCUAAGACCAGCUCAUUCAGCUCUGCAUCCUCAUCAUCUAAAGGUCUGGACUGUGGUUUUGGUUCUGCUAAACAUCCUAAAUCCUCAGAACUAACCAAGGCACCCCGCCCUGUCUCAGGUCCACCUCCAGUGGUCAGAAAGAUCCCCAGCAGCAGCACCACCACCACGCCGAAAGCCUCCAACACCUUCCCCAGAUCAGCCUCCAAACCUUCCUCUUUCCCCAGAACAACCACCUCCAUGACAUCCACCAUCUUCAAGAGUUCCGUGCAGAGCCCAGUCACCCCGACUACAGCAGCUCUCAAUGGCAUCACAGGGGGUCUAGGAGGGCCGUUCCCUCACCACAACGGCCACCCUGUGUCCACUCCAAAGGGCAGAGGGAAGAGCCACUCCCUUGAGUCCCUACAAAGAAGGAUGGAUACAAUCUCCACCUCUACCACCACCUCCACCACCACCUGCACCUCCUCUGGAGAGGAGUCCGGCGCCUCCUCCUCCUACAGCUGGGAUGGACCCAGAGACCCCUGGGCCAAGUCCUCCUCCCCCCGUGCCCGCACCCUGGCCACCUUCAACUCCUUGAUGGGGAGGAGCCUUAGCCUUGGGGACCUCAGCCACUCCCUCCAGACCACCCAGAAGGUGGAGCGUAUCGUCAAGGAGGUGCGGCGGCGGGGGCUGAAGGCGGUGCCGGAGCGGGACAGGAAGAUCGCUGCUCUGAUGCUGGCUCGGUACCAGGAGGAGGACAUCAUGAGCCAGACGCGCUACGUGGCUCACCUGCAGUGGGACAGCGAGAAGCGCCUGGGGGACCUGCAGCGGGAGCAGGAGGACCGGGAGAAGCAACGGGCGGUGCUGCAGUGCCAGCGGGCGUGGCAGUCGCAGGUGUCCCACCGCCAGCGUCGGCUCAGCCAGCAGGAGAGAGAGUCGUCGGCCGCUAAGCUGCGUCAGGUGGCGGAGAGCGAGGAGCGGUGGAGGGAGCUGGCAGAGCUGCAAGAGCGCAGUAGGCAGCAGAAGCUCCAGCAGGCUGCCAGGGAGGAGAAACAGAAGAAGGAACAGCAGGAGCAGAACCUCAAGGCUCUAGAGGAGGACAGGGCUGCAGUGCUGGAGCAGGAGCAGCUACUCCUCAAGGAGAAACUUACCAUUGCUGAGCUGAAGAAGCAGGAGAAGGAGCACCAGGCCCACGAGGAGCGCCGGGGACUGAACCGGGCCGAGAGGAGGCGCCACGCAGCCCUGAUCAGGGAGAUCGCCCGGAGAGAGGAGGAGGAGCGGGAGGAUGCACGGAAGGCUGCUGAGGAGAAGCUGAGCCGUUCCCUGGAGAACUAUGAACAGAUCGUAGAGAGGAGAGACAAGGAGCUGAAGGAGAAGGCUAAGAGGGAGGAGCAGCAGAUUCAGAAGGCAAGGAGGUCUGCGGAGAAGAGGGAGAAACAGCAGCAACAGCAGGUGGAGGCCCGGGCCAAGGAAGCAGAGAGACGGGCCCAGCAGGCAGCUUUGGUGGCAGAGGAGAGGGCCAAGGAGAAAUCCCAGAGAGCAGUACAGAGCAGGCAGGAGAAGGAGAGACUACAACGACUCAACAGACAGCGUGUGGAAGGGGAAGAGCUAGCCAGGAGGAUGGAGCUCCUCCAGUCCAUCGAGAGGAAGCUGGAGAAGAGUGAGCAGAUCUUCAGGGAGAAGAGAGCCGUGCUGGAGAGCGCUCGCUCUACCGCCCGCGCCUCCUUCCACGUACGGGACCGGGUCAGGGAGGAGACCAACAUGAGGACCUUUGAUAAGAUGGAUCUAGAGGCCCAGUUCCAGUUCAAAUCCAGCCUGGAUGACAAGUGAUGAGGCACACCUUCAUGCUACUGGUGAACUACUGGUUACUGGUAACUACUGGUUACUACUAGUUAAUACCCUGGACUACUGGUAACUACCCAGGACUACUGGUUCCUGGUAACUACUGACUACCCUGGACUACUGGUAACUACUGGCUACUACCCUGGACUACUGGUUCCUGGUAACUACUGACUAGCCUGGACUACUGGUAACUACUGGUUACUACCCGGGACUACUGGUUCUUGGUAACUACUGACUACCCUCGACUACUGGUUCCUGGUAACUACUGACUACCCUGGACUACUGGUAACUACUGGUUACUACCCAGGACUACUGGUUUCUGGUAACUACUGGUUACUACUAGUUAAUACCCUGGACUACUGGUAACUACUGGUUACUACCCGGGAAUACUGGUUCCUGGUAACUACUGACUACCCUGGACUACUGGUUCCUGGUAACUACUGACUACCCUCAACUACUGGUAACUACUGGUUACUACCCGGGACUACUGGUUCCUGGUAACUACUGACUACCCUGGACUACUGGUUCCUGGUAACUACUGACUACCCUGGACUACUGGUAACUACUGGUUACUACCCAGGACUCCUGGUAACUACUGGUUACUACCAGGACUACUGGUUCCUGGUAACUACUGACUACCAUCGACUACUGGUAACUACUGGUUACUACCCUGGACUACUGGUUAGUGGUAACUACUGACUACCCUGGACUACUGCUAACUACUGGUUACUACCCUGGACUACUGGUUCCUGGUAAGUACUGACUACACUGGACUACUGGUUCCUGGUAACUACUGACUACCCUGCACUACUGGUAACUACUGAUGACCCUGGACUACUGGUAACUACUGGUUACUACCCAGGACUACUGGUUAGUGGUAACUACUGACUACCCUGGACUACUGGUAACUGCUGGUUACUACCCGGGACUACUGGUUAGUGGUAACUACUGACUACCCUGGACUACUGGUAACUACUGGUUACUACCCAGGACUCCUGGUAACUACUGGUUACUACCCAGGACUACUGGUUCCUGGUAACUACUGACUACCAUCGACUACUGGUUCCUGGUAACUACUGACUACCCCGGACUACUGGUAACUACUGGUUACUACCCUGGACUACUGGUUAGUGGUAACUACUGACUACCCUGGACUACUGGUAACUACUGGUUACUACACUGGACUACUGGUUCCUGGUAAGUACUGACUACACUGGACUACUGGUUCCUGGUAACUACUGACUACCCUGGACUACUGGUAACUACUGACGACCCUGGACUACUGGUAACUACUGGUUACUACCCAGGACUUCUGGUUAGUGGUAACUACUGACUACCCUGGACUACUGGUAACUACUGGUUACUACCCGGGACUACUGGUUAGUGGUAACUACUGACUACCCUGGACUACUGGUAACUACUGGUUACUACCCUGGACUACUGGUUCCUGGUAACUACUGACUACCCUGGACUACUGGUAACUACUGGUUACUACCCGGGACUACUGGUUCCUGCCAACUACUGACUACCCUGGACUACUGGCUACUACCCGGGACUACUGGUUCCUGGUAACUACUGACUACCCUGGACUACUGGUACCUACUGGUUACUACCCGGGUCUACUGGUUCCUGGUAAAUACUGACUACCCUGGACUACUGGUUCCUGGUAACUACUGACUACCCUGGACUACUGGUUACUACCUGGGACUACUGGUUAGUGGUAACUACUGACCUCCCUGGACUACUGGUAACUACUGGUUACUACCUGGGCCUACUGGUUCUUGGUAACUACUGACUACCCUGGACUACUGGUAACUACUGGUUUCUACCCAGGACUACUGGUUCCUGGUAACUACUGACUAUCCUGGACUACUGGUAACUACUGGUUACUACCCGGGACUACUGGUUCCUGGUAACUACUGACUACCCUGGACUACUGGUAACUACUGACUAGCCUGGACUACUGGUAACUACUGGUUACUACCCUGGACUACUGGUUCUUGGUAACUACUGACUACCCUGGACUACUGGUAACUACUGGUUACUACCCGGGACUACUGGUUCCUGGUAACUACUGACUACCCUGGACUACUGGUUCCUGGUAACUACUGACUACCCUGGACUACUGGUAACUACUGACUACCCUGGACUACUGGUAACUACUGGUUACUACCCUGGACUACUGGUUCCUGGUAACUACUGACUACCCUGGACUACUGGUAACUACUGACUACCCUGGACUACUGGUAACUACUGGUUACUACCCGGGACUACUGGUUCCUGGUAACUAGUUACUGCUGUUAACUACUGGUUACUACCCUGGAUUACUGGUUACUACUGGUUACCAUGUGCUUGGCUAUAGCCAGGGUUGGACAGGUUACUUUGUAAAUGUAAUUCGUUACAGUUGCUAGCUACCUGUGCAAAAUCAACUUUUGGAUUACCCAAACUCAGUAACGUAAUCUGAUUCUUUUGGAUUACUUUUCCUUUAAAAGGCAUUAGAAGAGGUCUAAAAGGAUCCAUCCAACACAUUUGGUGUGUCAUCAUAGUGCUCUCUGAUUGGUGGUCAUAAUUUGGUGUGUCAUCAUAGUGCUCAUUGAUUGGUGGUCAUCAUUUGGUGCGUCAUCAUAGUGCUCUGAUGGGUGGUCAUCAUUUGGUGUGUCAUCAUAGUGGUCUCUGAUUGGUGGUCAUCAUUUGGUGUAUCAUCAUAGUGCUCUCUGAU